UUGUCUUGUUCUCUCGUCGCUACAGUUGUGAGUAUGAGGAAGCUGUGGUGUGCAGCAGUGUUGGUGGUGACGCUGGUGAGUGUGGUGAGGCCUCAGUGUAUCUCCAACAAUGACAAGCUGGUGGUGACCUCCCCACCUGACCUGGCCCACAUCACCCCCUUCAGCUUGGACCUCUUCAAGCAGCUCUAUCCACCCACCGCCACAGGAAACUUUUUCUUCUCGCCCUACAGCGUGUGGACCGCCCUGGUCCUGGCCUACUUUGGGUCUGCUGGCAGGACUCGUCAGCAGCUGCAGGACACCCUUCGUCUCAGAGACCCUUCAACCACUCUGGCUACCUACAGGGCCCUCGACCGUCUAACCGCAGAGAGACAGAGCAACACGAGUGACUAUGUGAUAGACUUGGCCAACAAAGUGUAUGUGAAGAACGGCAUCCCUCUUCGGGACUGCAUCAGAGAUGUCCUUAAGAAAGAGGUGGAGAACAUCGACUUCUCACAGGCGGAUAAAGCCGCUGCGACAAUCAACCAGUUUGUGAACAAAACAACGCGGGGCAAGAUCCCAACUGUGGUGACAGAGAGCGACGUGGCACCGACACUGAUGGCGUUGGUCAACGCCGUCUACUUCAAAGGUUUCUGGUUGAGUCAAUUCAACCUAACCCAAACAACCAAGCAGAAGUUCUUCACCACCCCGAGCCAACACAGCCUUGUUGACAUGAUGACCCAACUUGGAAAAUUCAGAUUUGGAGUCUCGAGUGAGCUGGGAGCGACAGUGUUAGAGAUGCCGUACAAGGGGAAGGCGGCGUCCAUGUUGGUGUUGCUGCCUGACAACACCCCCGGCGGCGCCCCUGGCAACUCCGCCACGCCCCUGGACGCCAUGCUGCGGCGCCUCUCCCACGACACCCUCCACCACGCCCUCACCAACCUGGAAGAGCUGGAAGUGAAACUUCACUUCCCAAGGUUCAAACUGGAGCAGACAAUCACUGAGGAACUUAAGGCGGCCCUAGAAGCUCUGGGGAUCGAAGACCUGUUCUCGAGCCGCAGUGAUCUCACCAACUAUGUCCGGGGCACCAACCUGAGUGUGGACACCGUCAUCCACAAGGCCGUGGUGGAGGUGAACGAGGAAGGCUCCGAGGCUGCUGCUUCCACAGUCAUCGUCUUCAAAGGUGGCCCUGAACCCAGAGUGUUCAGAUGUGACCGCCCCUUCGUCUUCUUCAUCAGGGACAACCACACUAACACCAUACUCUUCAUGGGUGUCUACAGGAAGCCCUAACACCAUACUCUUCAUGGGCGUCUACAGGAAGCCCUAACACCAUACUCUUCAUGGGUGUCUACAGGAAGCCCUAACACCAUACUCUUCAUGGGUGUCUAUAGGAAGCCCUUAUCUUGAGGUUAUCUUGAGAUGAUUUCGGGGCUUUUUUUUUUUUUAGUGUCCCAGCGGCCCGGUC